GGAAGACUGCCUCUGAGCGAGGACACGGUGCUUUAAUUGGAGGCAGAUUGAAGACAUGGAAUCUACGCGAUUGCGUGUUAAAGUCUUGUCCGGGUGUAAUGGAUUUAAAACAUUUUGCUGACCGACGUUUCUGCUUUUCCAGAAAAAGUUUUCCCCUCCAGGAAGAUGCGUUCGCACUGGCAGUGCCCUCAUGAGAGAAGUGCCUGGAACCCUUCCUCUGCAGCAGCGCACUGUGGAGCUUUCCCACGGUCUGGGAGAAUGAAGAUGAGAUGCUCAGCUAUGCCCCUGCUCCUCUGCACCUUUCUCCUGGGAUCCGCGGGUUACCCUUUCAAGCCAGCAGUGGAUGUGGAUGUUACUCCCAGGACCACGAUACUCUGCAGUGGGUUGCUGGGGGCCCAGCGGUUCAGCAGCUCUGCCCUGAACUACAGCACGCUGUUACUGGAAGACAAGACUGGCAUCCUGUAUGUUGGAGCGAGGGGGACUUUGUUUGCUCUCAACACCAGCAACAUUGCAGAUGGCUCCACCAGGACUAUUCAUUGGGAAGCACCAGCUGAUAAAAAGAAAGACUGUCACGCCAAAGGCAGGAAUAAUAAGACAGAGUGCUUUAACCACAUCAGAUUCCUGCAGAGGUUCAACGAGACUCAUCUCUACACCUGUGGGACCCAUGCCUUCCACCCGCUCUGUGCUUAUAUUGACACAGAGCAGUUCCGUCUGUCUUCUGGCUUCGAGGAGGGGUCAGAGAAGUGCCCCUACGACCCGGCUAAAGGGUACACCGGACUCCUAGUAGACGGUGAGAUGUACACGGCGACACAGUACGAGUUCCGCAGUGUGCCAGACAUCCGCCGUAACAUCCCGCAGCCAAUGCUGAAGACCGAGGAAACGCCCACACGCUGGCUCGACGAGGCGAACUUCGUGGGCUCUGCGAUGUUGAGAGAGAGUGUUGACAGCUCCAUUGGAGACGAUGAUAAGGUCUACUUCUUCUUCACUGAGAAGAGUGAUGAGGAAAGCUCCUACUUCAGCCAGUCCAAAGUGGCCAGGGUGGCUCGUGUGUGCAGAGGGGACUGGGGCGGGCUGUGGACCCUGCAGAAGAAGUGGACGUCCUUCCUGAAAGCUCGCCUGGUCUGCUCCAUCCCCGACUACGACUUCCACUUCAACAUCCUGCGCAGCGUCUUUGUACAAGAGGCCGGUGCUGGGGGCUGGCAGGACAGCCUCUUCUACGGGGUCUUUGGCUCGCAGUGGAAGAAUGUGAAAGCCUCUGCUAUCUGCAAGUUCUCUAUUAAAGACAUCCAGGAGGCGUUUAAUGGUGCUUACAUGGAGAAGCAGGAGUCCUCUCCUGAGUGGAACCGAUACAGCGGAGUGGUGCCGGAGCCCAGGCCUGGCUCGUGCAUCACGGACACAUUCAGAGCAAAGAGCUUCAACAUAUCCCGGGACCUCCCCGACAACGUGCUCGAGUUCGUCAGGAGGCACCCACUCAUGUUCCAGCAAGUCAGGCCCCAGGAGGAGCGCCCCCUGCUGUUCAAGAGGGGUGUGGACUACACCAGGAUAGCAGUGGACAGAGUCACAGCCUUGGACGGACGGACAUACGAUGUGCUGUUCAUAGGAACUGAUGACGGCUGGCUGCAUAAAGCACUUGAAAUCGGUUCCAAGGUCCACAUCAUUGAGGAGAUGCAGCUGUUUGAGGAACCACAGCCCAUUGAAAACCUGGUCAUCUCCCAGCAACAGAGGAGUGUGUUCGUGGGCUCACAGAGUGGGGUGCUCCAGCUCCCCUUGUCCGCCUGUCACAGGUACACCUCCUGCUUCGACUGCAUCUUCACCAGGGACCCCUACUGCAGCUGGGACGGGACGGGCUGCUCUGAGACCACACUGCAUACAGACCGCUCCAAUCUAACGCAGGACAUCCACAAUGGAAACUCUGGAUGUCUGAACACCUCUGGUGAAGCCCCACUGCUCCACCAGAAGCGGACGGUCCUGAGAGGGGGGGACGUGCUGCUCCAGUGUGAGCUCAGCUCCAACCUGGCUGUCCCGGCGUGGACGCUGAACGGCAGCGAGCUGGCAGGCUACGGGCCGGCCGGUUACCGCGUCGGCACGGAUGGCCUGCUCAUCGUGGAGUCGCGGCCGGAGCAGAGCGGCAACUACAGCUGCUACUCCGUGGAGAAUGGAGUCCGGGUCUGGGUAAGGACCUACGCUGUGAGUGUCCGUACUGAGCUCCUCCCCCAGCCCUGGAAACCACCAACUCCAGCCACCCCACCUGCUCCCACCAGCCAGCCCUCACUGCCCUCUGAGCUGCCCCCCCUGGCCCCGGCGCCCCCUCGGUCCGAGUACCAGACCUUCAGGAGCAUGGAGGGCCUGUACAUCACCCUGAUCACGGUGCUGGCCGGGGUGUGCUUUGUGCUGACGGUGGUCUUGCUCUUCCUGGCUUUCUGUGUGCAGAAUCGCCGGGGCAGGUACUCCCUUCAGGGGUCAGGGAGGAUCAAGAGAGGGGACGGCUCCCUCCUGGAGCUGCAGACCAUUUCCAGCAACUGCGCAGGCAAGCCGGAGGGGGAGAGCCCUGAGGGGCUCCUCCAGAUCGUACCAGGAGAGGCCCAGGUGUCUCCCAACAAGGACCCCCCACCCCCUCCUCCACCCCCUCCUCCUCUGCCUUCCUCCGAGUUCACCAACGGGAUCUCAGCCACCCUCCCCAGUGUGCUGCGCAAGAUGAACGGGAACAGCUACGUGCUGCUGCGGCAGAGCGAGUCAGAGAGCACCUCGCCGCUCUACCAUUCCUUUACGGAGGAGCUCAACAAGAUUCUGGAGAAGAGGAAGCAGACGCCACUUGGGGAGAAGCCGGACGAGAGCUCGGUGUAACUCCCCCCCCCCCCCCCCCCCCCCCCCACCUCCCUCUCCCCCUGUGGUGAGCCGGAUGUAUUGCAGCUGAAUCAGCUCCUGCUUCCUGCCAUAGAAGUGCCUGAGCCAUUUUUUUGUUUGUUUUCAUCAUCUUUCCAGACAUUUGAAUUGAAUACAAUUGCAGCGACUGGCCAACACACCUUUUAGGUUACAGGAUGACCUUAUCAUUGAGGCACAAAAUAUUACUGAGGGACAGGAGAACUAACGUCACCCUAUUUAUGUUUAGGGUUAGGGUGUCCUAACUGGCUUGUUGUCAUGUAAAUAUUUUCCUACCUAUUGCAGAGUUUGUGGAAAUGACUGUUACCAGUAAUGAUCAUGUUAGUAAUACAGCUGAUAAGAAGCAACGGGAAGACGAACGGUAACAUUAGGAAUGCAUUUUAUAAAAUCCCGUGCCUUCAUUUAACCAUCCCAAGCUUUUCACAUCAUGUGCACGGGACUGAGAGGAGCUGGUUGUGAAAGAUGUGGACCAUAUUAAAAUCAUGUGCACGCUGUGUGCCACCUGACUGCAGAGCCACAAGGAAUUCCUGUAUUGCAAAACAAAUGGGGAUGAGAACUAUGGAAGGAAUUGCUAAAUCUAUGUGUGUCUUUAACACAAGGGGACCAGUGUUAAACAUGUGGGAUGUGCUUGUUGUGUUUUGGCCAGAGGAUGUAGGAAUGCCUAAUGGAAACGCAGCAUCACUUUUACAGUGGGAGUCCUGUUUCCCAGAUCAGCUGAGAUACAACACCUGCUGUAUAUCAAACCUUAGCAAUGUCUGCUCAAAAGUAUGGGAAAUUAUUUGACAAUCUAGCAAAGUAUGUCAGUGUCUGAACUGGGAAGCAAAUCAAAAAUCCCCUGCUUCCCAAUUUACCAGAAUAAAUAAUCUGGGACAGUCUCACUGGUUUGUUACCCCUUUCAGUAUUACUACCCCCUCUGCAUCCACACCUACAUUACAAAGAGCAACCCUCCCCUGCACCACUGAACCCUGCUUACAAAGAGCAGUGUCUGAAGACUAAUACAGAAGCUGAUCCUGGUGUUGAGGGACAAAUCCGUAAGGGUCCUGAAGACAAGUCCUGGAAUGGACUUGUACCAUGAACGCCAAGGCUUAUGGGACUUCCUGUCAAUCUCAGCAGUGCACACACUGGUAUAGCUGGACAUCUCAGCGUGCACACACUGGCAUGGCUGGACAUCUCAUCACUGGCAUGGCUGGACAUCUCAACCGUGCAACUGCAAUAAAUGUGCCAGAAGUCAUAGGGUACCAUUAACUGUGACAAGUAUAGAAUAUAAUGUAGUGCUCAUUGUUUUGCACUGUUUCGUGCAGUGGAAUAUUUUCCACUUGUGUUGCACCACUUUGAAAGCUCUGCUCCAACCUAGGUCACCAAGGCACCUGAACUGAGAAAAGAAUAUACAAGAAUGAGCUCCAUACACCGUGAUUCAGAUUGCAAUGAAAGGGUCAUACUGGAAAUACAAAUUAGAGUAUUCCCAGUUCCUUCAAUGGAAUUUGAGUUUAUAUUUUAGAGACAGUAAUAAUUGAACUGUUCUUCAUUUGAAGCAAAUUUCAUUGACUAACCGUGACUUCAAUUAAAGUCAUUUGUUGCCACUGUGGGAAGCUCCAUUUCACAGAAAGCUGUUAAUUUCAAUGUUGAUCAGUGAUGUGUUAGAAAUGACUGAAAGCGAAUGGGAAUUGGAAUUGGGAAUUUAUUUUAAAAGGGAAUUGACCCUGAUCAUGUAUUACUGUAUCUGUUAGUGUUUCUAAACUGCAAGAAAGGUUGAAGCUUUUCUCCCCAAUAGUGAUCUGUCCACAGCACUCAUAUAGUGUGACAGUAGGGCAGUGGGAGUGAGCAGCCCAGUUGAUUGACAGCUUUCAUGUUAAAGUGCCUGGUCCUGCCUGUCUCUCAUGUCAACGCACACACAGUCAGCAGUCUCCAAUGGGGUCUUGUUUUUCUAAUGUGAAGCAUACUGCUUGCCUGCAGGGUGAGGGACCAUUCUAUGUUAAUUCUGAAAAAAUAACAAAUGUAAUUAUUUGAUUUUAAAUACCCUGUCUUGGUAUAAUAUAACAAUGAACUUUAUAUAAAUGUUUGCGUAUGUGAUAUAUAUAUGACUAGACACGAGAUUGAGAAGUGAGGAUGUCACGGAGUGAUGAUGCUUCGUUUAGAAAUGAGAUGUUGUGGUUGAACUUGGAAGUGCAAUACAAUAAACUCCCAAGAAAGCGUCACUUUUCGAUUUGGAAUUGAACGGAACGGUGUUUUGUCUGUCAGUUUCACCUGCAGUGAGUAAAUCAAUGGAGAGAUGAUAUUGGUGUGUAACACAGAGGGCUGGUUUUACACAGCAGGGAAAUUGCCCAGCUCACACGUCUACUCUCGGGUGGGUAAUUUGCCAUCAGUUAUAAAUAAAGGGCAGGACAUUAUAUUCUCAGAUUUCAGUAUUUCAUGUUUUCUGAGCUGUUUGGUUUUGCAGCUCUAACUCUGUGCCUCAAUUGCAAUGGACAGCAAAUGCAUGAAGGUGCCUGGAAACCAAUUGGCUAAACCCAUUACUGCAUACAAUGGGGUUUCACUGUUACAGUCUCUGUACCAGCUUGCACCGGCCAGCCAGAAGACAUUGUGCCCCUGCUUUAGCUGCCUGCAGAGAAGGGAAUCUGCCAGCUUUCUCAAGAGACUGACUGACAUCAGCGUCAUCUCCUUACAUAUUAAAGAUCUGUACCGUGUAGGAUCUGAAUAGCUCCUCCCUUUCAACUGAUAACCCAAUAGUACCAAAUUAAAAGCAAACUGGAAAGAGGAGCGUUUGAGCACGCUGACGCUGGAAAGAGGAGCGUUUGAGCACGCUGACGCUGGAAAGAGGAGCGUUUGAGCACGCUGACGCUGGAAAGAGGAGCGUUUGAGCACGCUGACGCUGGAAAGAGGAGCGUUUGAGCACGCUGACGCUGGAAAGAGGAGCGUUUGAGCACGCUGACGCUGGAAAGAGGAACGUUUGAGCACGCUGACGCUGGAAAGAGGAACGUUUGAGCACGCUGACGCUGGAAAGAGGAGCGUUUGAGCACGCUGACGCUGGAAAGAGGAACGUUUGAGCACGCUCACGCUGGAAAGAGGAACGUUUGAGCACGCUCACGCUGGAAAGAGGAACGUUUGAGCACGCUGACGCUGGAAAGAGGAACGUUUGAGCACGCUGACGCUGGAAAGAGGAACGUUUGAGCACGCUGACGCUGGAAAGAGGAACGUUUGAGCACGCUCACGCUGGAAAGAGGAACGUUUGAGCACGCUCACGCUGGGGUAAAGAAGUAUCAGGGUCUGCCGCCGUUUACAUCAAUAAAACAGAUUAACGUGUGGGGAUCCACCUAACAGCAAAUGCAUGAAUUCAGGUGACAACAUGAAAAGCCUGUUCUAAGCUACAAUGAUUGGCAUAUGUUUCUAACUGUUGAUUU